CUUCCGGCCUGAAAGGGAAGCCCGCUCCCUUGUCUCCCAGACCGAUUCCUCCCCCCAAAUCCCCGCCACGCGAAGCUGCGGCGCACGGACUCGGGUGAAGCUGCAGAGCUGCCUUUGAGCCCUGACUCCUUGGCUUCCUGGGUCGGAGGAGAUCUUGUAAUGGAGUGGUUCUUCGUCUCACACUAGCAAGAUGCCUGAUUUCCUCAGGAUCGAGGGAUUGAAGAAUGUCCCGUGUUCCAUUGGGAAAAGUCCUCCUGAGGAAUGUCAUCCGGCAUACAGAUGCUCACAAUAAGAUUCAGGAGGAAUCAGAUAUGUGGAAGAUAAGAGAACUGGAGAAACAGAUGGAAGAUGCUUACCGGGGGACCAAAAGGAAAAUGUUACCCAGUAGUUCAAGCCGGAUGCGUAGUGAUGGUUUUGAUGAAGAAAGUCAAAGAGACUAUUGGAGGCCAAAGAAUGAAAUUUCUGGGGCACUGGAAGAUGAUUUUCUGAAGGCUAAAUCCUGGAAUAAGAAGUUGUAUGAUUAUGAAGCUAAUAUGCCAGACAGAUGGGGUCACAGUGGUUAUAAAGAGUUAUACCCUGAAGAAUUUGAAACAGACAGUAGUGAUCAGCAGGAUAUCACCAAUGGAAAAAAAACAUCUCCCCAAGGAAAACCAUCUACCCACGAGUCUCACAAACACAAGAAGUCAAAGAAAUCUCACAAAAAAAAGCAGAAAAAAAAGUCACACAAAAAACAGAAGAAAAGCAAAAAAGAAGCCACAGAUAUAACAGCAGAUUCCUCAAGCGAGUUCUCGGAAGAAACUGGGGCUUCUAGUACCAGGAAAAGGAAACAACCGCAUAAGCGCAAGAAAAAAUCCAGGAAAAAGUCCCUCAAAAAAUCUGCUUUAUUCUUGGAUGCAGAAAGUGACACUUCCCAGUCGGAUGAUUCUGCAUCCAGCAGUUCUGAGGAAGGUGAGGAAAGAGACACUAAGAAAACCAAAAGAAAAAGGAGAGAGAAAGAAGUCCAUAUCCCUAUAGUUAACAACGAAAUACAGGAGAGGACAAACAAACGCACAAAUUGGAAAGUGGCUACAGAUGAACGGUCUGCAGAGAGUUCAGAGGAUGACUAAAUGAGGAGGAGAGCUAAUCCAUUUCCCAUCUGACUGGUUACUUACAGCUCUGCCACCUUGGGUUUUGCCAGUGACUCUCUUGCCCAGCACAAGGACCCUGAUGUCAGAGCUAUCCUGUGCCAUCUAUCUACGUUCUGACAGACUUCUUGUCUUCUGUUUUGGCCUGUUAAACUUGAUCCUCUGAUUGUUAAUAGGGAAUCUGGUAUUUUAUUAUGAAGUUUUCUUGAAGAGAUUAUUUUUUGCAAUUAAUCACAUUUAGGGUAGAGUGCAUAUACAGCAAAUUAAAGGACCCAGAAAGCUGAAUCCCAAUAACGACCUGGGUACACCAGUUGGGAUGCUGAAUUUGGGGAAAGCAAGGGCUGGUAUCAAGUGGAUUGGAAUUGGUGCUGUGUAGAAUGUUGGAACAUCGUGUUCUCUGUUUAUAUAGCAGGUGCCACAACUUUUAUUGUCUUCAGCCUUGGUGCUUUGAUCUUUCUGUAUUUUGGCCCCAUAGAUGUGGUCUUUUAUUUAAUGAGAAAAUGAGUAUAAGAGCAAAACAUUUUUCCUUUAUGAUUAUAUCCCUAGGCAGCUGUUAUGAGACUAGGGUUUUCCAUCAAAUUUCCCUGCUGGACAGGGUCUGUGGCUACAUUCAGUAUACCCCUAAACAUGGUUAUUGGUUUAGUAAAUGGUUUUCUAUUUCCAUUGUGGUAUAUUGCCUAAUGGACUUGUGUUCAAAAUUAAUUCUUCAGUUGUUUUGGGUGAGUCCUCAACCAAAUGGGAUAAAAUUAGGAAUUAGUCAUGCUGUCUAGUGGUGCUCUGAACAGGAUUCAGGGUAGCAACUGCUAUAUUAUCUUCCUUGUUAAUUUCUAAAUCUAUUAAUGAACUUUAGAUUUUCCCUGAAACUAGGUUGAAUCAGUUCCAAAAUAAAACAGGCUUCUCAGGGAUGUACCCACUUCUUCCCAGUCUGCCUUCCAAUUAAAGCACCAAACAGAGACUGUAUUAUUUCCCUUUGCUAUAUACUGUGAUCCCUACUGUUAAUUCUUAAGAAACCAAAAUAGCACUGAAAAAAGGCUGGCAGAACACAAGUGAAUUUUUUCAUUAUGACAGAAUAUCAAGUGACAUACUGCUUUUCCUGGUUGUCAUUUCAUGGGCUGAGUAGAAAGCUUGAAAACUCAGAAUUUUGGUCUUGGUUCUGCCUCUAAUUAGUUAUGAGGUCUGGAAAAGGUAAGUUAACCUCCCUGGCCUUACUUUCCCCAUGAAUAAUACAGAAAUACUUCAUGGUAGCAUGACAGUGUAAGACACCAGCAAUAGAAUAUAACUAACAACAUUCCAUGAGGUGGUAAUAUUUUACAGUUCUAACUACUAAAUUUGUUCUCUUUACAGAACAGAUGUCUAAUAAAAUGUUUGGUCAUAAAAUACAUGGUUGGCUAGAGGUUCCCUAUCCCUUGAUUAUAUGCAGGUGCUACCUUUGGGGAUAUUUACUUGAAAUACUAAUACUUUGGUAAUCAA